AUGCCCUACUAUCCCCAAGACAACGUUGAGUUCCACACCCUGGAUGGCCUCACUCUCCGCGGAUGGCUCUAUCCUGCCUCCGUGCCUCAUGGGCCAGGCGUGAUAAUAACCUGCGGGUUCAACAUGCCCAAAGACUUGCUUGCGCCGCAGAUUGCGAAAUGGUUCCAGAGAAAUGGUGUGACAGCAUUGGUGUAUGAUAACCGGACGAUUUGCUUGAGCGAUGGGGAACCAAAAAAUGAUAUAAACCCCCAUAAGCAAGUCUCAGACUGCCACGACGCCGUCACCUUCCUCUCCAAGCAUCCCCUCGUCGACCCCGCCAAGAUAACUCUCUGGGGACUCUCUCUCUCCGGCGCCGUCGUCCUCGCCGCCGCCGCUCUUGACCCUCGUGUUGCUGCGGUCGUCUCACUUGCCCCGACAGCCAAGCUCAACAUUCCGCCCGAGAAGCAAACUAUCAUCCUCGAGAGGGCCAUUCAUGAUCGUGUCGCGCGCGUUACAAAAGACGCCCCGCCAGCGUACUUGCCCAUGGUCUCGGAAGAAGAUGGAACCAACCUCGCCGGCCUACCCAUCGACGCGCAGGCCGUCCGCGAGCUGGAGCGGCUGAGCCCACACUUUAAGAACCAUUUUACUGUGCAGACGGCGUACUGGCUCGUGAGUUGGUCGGUUAUAGACCUGCUGCCGAGAAUUCGGUGCCCGGUAAUGGUCGUGGCGCCGGAGCUGGACGCGAUUAACCGGCCCGAGGCGCAGAAAACGGAGGUGUUUAACUUGGUAGUGACUGACAAACGGUUCGAGGUGAUUCAGGGGAGGGGGCAUUGGGACUGGUGGAAAGGAGAAGGUGAACAAGGGCUGGAAGGGGUUCUAGGAUCGCAGUUAGAGUGGAUGAGGGGAAAGUUAGGGCUCAAGCUAUAG